GAGUGACGCUCUAGGCUCCCUCCGUGUACAGUACUCGCUGCUCCCGGCGUCCCCGGCCCGAGCUGGACUCGGGGGGAGGAGGGACGGCGGAGGCUCGGUGCGGCUCCUCCCGUUCCUUCGGGCUCCAGCCUCGCCUGGACAGCGCCGCAGAAUGUUUGGUACUUCAGGUCUGCGCAAAGGAAGUAUAAUUUACAUCCAAGCUGGAGGCAACCGGAAAAACAGCCAACAAAAACAUGGAAGACAGGUGAAAGGUGUCACAGGUGCUAUGAAGGCAUAGACAACUGCUUGAUGUCCUGGUUAAUCAUGACACCCAGCCAAGGGCAGUAGGGAAGAAAGUAGAAAUUUUUCCCAUUGCCUUAGAAACAACUAACGGCCAUGGCCGGGAUUUGUCCAACGUGUUGACAUUAUGGGGAGUUGUUGUAGCUGCCCAUGCAAAGACAGGGUUCCAGACAACCAUCCAACCAAGUUUAAGGUAACAAAUGUUGACGAUGAGGGCAAUGAGCUGGGCUCAGGAAUUAUGGAGUUGACACAGAGGGAGCUUGUUUUGCACACGCACAAACGUGAUGCUGUUCGGUGGCCGUACCUUUGCUUGCGUCGUUAUGGUUAUGACUCUAACCUCUUCUCCUUUGAGAGUGGGCGUCGCUGCCUGACUGGACAGGGAAUUUUUGCAUUCAAAUGCUCAAGAGCAGAAGAGAUAUUUAACUUGCUACAGGACCUGAUGCAGUGCAACAGCAUUAAUGUGGUGGAGGAGCCUGUGAUCAUCACACGGAACAGUCAUGCUGCUGAACUGGAACUGCCUCAGACACCAAACACUUUAGGCUAUACGGUUCCAGGAUUUCCCAAUGGGUUUCACAGCUUCCCACCAGAGGCUCCAUCUUGCCCUGCAGCCCGACACGCUGCUGUGAGCAGUUUAAGGCAUUCCUCACUUGGUGAGGACUCUACACAUGCCCUUAUUGUUCCUGAUGAGCAAUCCCACACAUAUGUGAACACUGCUAGGACUGAGGAAGAGAUGAGGGGACAUCAUUGUAUGCACUCCUUGCCUGAAGUCCAUCCGCCUAUUUCUCAUCCCAACCACAUCUGCUCUCUGGAGGACAGAAACCCCCAGAUUUACCUACAGCCAGGAGAGGUGAAGUUUGUGUUGGGCCCUGCCCCCGGUUACAGUCAUAGGAUGAAAUGUGAUGGGUUCUGCCGGCCCCAUUGGGAUUGCCCAGGGCACAUCUGCCCCCCUAACAACAACAACAAUGAGUGCAAAGAUGAAUGUAUCACCCCCAAGUGUGUCUAUGAGAACAUCAAUGGGCUGCUGCCCUCUCGAGGUUCCUUCCUCCGUCGGGGCAAUGGGCACUUGAAAAUGACCCGAGAAGAUCUGAACCCUCACAGCUGCUCUCAUCGGCGGACCACCUUACUGCACUAUGAGAACUUGCCGUCGCUCCCACCUGUCUGGGAAUGCCAGCCCCCGAGGCAGGACCAUGAUGAGGAGGACUCAGGGGAUGCAAUGACGCCUUCCCCCAAUGGUUAUCCUGAGCCCAAGGAAGAUGAUCCUUUGCGAAACUACAUGAACUCAGAGAGUGCUGCGCUGCAUGGGGGCCUGCGUAGGGGGGGUUGCUUGCAACGACGUCGCAGUUGCACACCCAGCGUCUUCAAUUUUGAUUUCCGCCGGCCGUGUUUGGAUCAGCCAAGGCAACUCAACUAUAUCCAGGUGGAAUUGGAGGACAACCCCCAUCAAAGGCGCCAAAGCACACCAGUCCCCCAUACCUCACGUUCUGCUGCCCGCCCACCCCGCAGGACGGAUUCCUACGCAGUUAUUGACCUUAAAAAGACAGCAGCCAUGUCCAGCUUGCAGAGGGCACUGCCUAGAGAUGAUGGGACUUCUAGGAAAACACGGCAUAACAGCACUGACCUGCCUCUGUAAGAGGAAAGCCCAACCCAAGUACUGCAUUGUGGCUUUCGUACCUGCUGUUCAAUUCAUUGUGUUGUAUAACUGCCAUCUUCCCAUUGUACCCUGUAUGUCUCAGUGUGACUCAUUUGAAUGGCUCCAUCAAGUUAACUUGAGAAGCUUAUCCGUGCCUCUUCAUCCCCAGCCCCUGUUUUUCCUGCUAUGUAGUUUUUGAUGCCUUCCCAAGUGUCUGAAAAUGUGAUUUUCUUGAUAGCAAGGAGGGUAAAAGUAAUGAUGCUCCCUGGUCUUUAACAUGGGGAACAUGUUCACUAAUCAUUCCUUUCCAUUUCAGUGCAGCUCUUUGAUGUCCUAUUAGUGGAAAUGGAAGAAUCUGAAAAUUGUGAAAACAUUGCAAGGGAGGAACAAAAAUGACCAAAACUAAUAGUACAGGUAGAGCUUGAUGGCCGGGGAGCAUAUUUUUUAUUCUUCCUUUAUUUUUGAAAAUAUGCCAAUUUUUAAAACAUUUUAUUUAAUUUUGCCAAAAUA